AUGGAACGACAAACGGACAUCGUGGACAGAGAGUUGCAUGAAGCUGUUAAACGGUCUCUAAUAGAUAAAUCUACUUGGAACAGCUUUGCAUCAACAGUAGAAACUGAAAUAAGAAAAAUCUUAGAGGAAAAAGAUGUGAUUAAUAUAAUAGAAAAAAAACCUGAACUAUCUGAAACAAAUGAGUUGAUUAACGAGCUCAUAUCUGAAUACAUGGAUUUUAUGGGAUACAAAUUGACAAACUCAAUGUUUAAAAAAGAAUUGGGAACCACGGAGUUGAAGACAAAUGGUUAUCGGAAGCAGAUGACUUCAUUAUUACAUCUCGAAGACAGUGAUGAAACAUUGAAACAGCCUCUGUUAACAGUGCUGAUAUCAAUGUUUAAAAAUAAUUAUGAGCACAAUAAGGAACCUUUAGAAAUUUACCCCAUUUGA